UGGCAACGGAGCGCGCGGGGAGGGGAGGCCGGGCCGGGCGAGGAUUCAGGGAUUACCCCGUGGCCCCCACAGCCAACAAGGGGAGGGCGCCGGGGACAGCGCGCUCCCCCGCCCCCGACUGCACCAAGAGACACUGCUUUAAGACAAAGACAUCAUGGAUAAAUAUGAAAUUAUUAAAAUGAUUGGGGAAGGAGCCUUUGGCAAAGUAUUCUUAGCAAAAGGAAAAGUAAAUAACCACCAAUCUGUUAUCAAAGAAAUCAAUUUAACAAAGAUGCCUGUGAAAGAAAAAGAAGCAUCUCAGAAAGAAGUAAUUCUUCUGGCUAAGAUGAAGCACCCAAAUAUAGUAACAUUCUACAGUUCUCUUCAAGAAAAGAAUAAACUGUACAUUGUGAUGGAAUAUUGUGAUGGAGGUGAUCUAAUGAGACGGAUCAAUAUGCAACAUGGAGUGCUGUUUAAUGAGGACCAGAUUCUGGCUUGGUUUGUGCAGAUUUCCUUAGGACUGAAGCAUAUUCAUGACAGGAAGGUUUUACACAGAGACAUAAAAGCACAGAACAUUUUCCUUAGCAAUAAUGGAAUGGUAGCAAAGCUUGGGGACUUUGGCAUAGCAAGAAUGUUGAACAAUACUAUGGAGCUUGCCCGUACCUGUGUAGGGACACCCUACUAUCUAUCACCGGAGAUCUGUGAGAAUCGACCAUAUAACAAUAAAACAGAUAUUUGGUCUCUUGGCUGUGUCCUCUAUGAGCUGUGCACUUUAAAGCAUCCGUUUGAAGGCAACAGUUUACACCAGCUGGUGCUGAAGAUCUGCAGAGGACAUUUUAUCCCAGUGUCUCCAAAGUAUUCCUAUGACCUGAGGAUUUUAAUUUCCCAGCUGUUUAAAAUAUCUCCAAGAGAUCGACCAUCUAUCAAUUCCAUAUUAAAGAAGCCCUUCUUGGAGAAGCGCAUUACCAACUACUUGCCCCCUGAAGUAAUACAGGAAGAAUUCAGCCACACUGUUAUACAUAAAAAAAGACCAGCAGCACAGCCUGUAGCCAAGUUGGUGCAGGUUCCUAAACUUCAAAAAGUGAGAGUCCAGGACCAUCGUCCUCCAAGAUCCAGGAUGGUGGCACCUGUCAAGAAACAGGAAUUAUUACAUAGUAAUGAAUGGAAACCUCCUUCAAGAGUCCAGCAGCCUGUUGCCCAGCAUUGGCGCUUCAGAUUUAAGAUGGCAGAAAGGCCAGAAGCUGCCAGAGUACAUGGACAUUAUGGUCAUUACUAUGAUAAACUUGACAACUUGCAGAAGAGACUUUAUGUACAAGAUGACCUUUCUCACAUCAACCAAAGAGUUGAGGAGUAUUAUAAACAGAAAGGACAAGUUGCACCACCCCCACCUGAGUGGCCUGCAGAGUAUCUUCAAAGACGGCUUGAAGCCCAGCAGUACAAGAUGAAAGUGGAAAAGCAGUUGGGACUGCGACCAUCCUCUGCUGACCCACGUCACAACCAGAUCCAGCCGCAGGAAGUGAUGGAAGAGCAGCUCAAAGACCAUCAGAGGGAUCUGGCUAGAAAGAAUGAAAUGAAAGAAGAGGAAUACCUGAAACAAUUACAGAAAAUUCGGCAACAGUACCACAGUGAUGUAAAAGAACUUAGAUUCAAAGCAGGAGCAUUGCAGGAGAACCCACAAAUAAAAGACCAAACCUAUCUUGUGAAACAAGGGAAAGCUGGGGGCCAGCCCGAUCCAAAAGAUACUCCUGGAAGAAGAGAAGAACCAAUCCAGGUACCAACAUUCUGUAAUCGAGAACUAGAUAAACUUAAUGAGACGUUAACUUUUGAGGAUGGUGAGAAUCUUAAGGAGAAAUGGAUGAAGAUCUGUGAAGAUCACACACAAAAAACUUUGGAAGAACUAUGCUCUCUGGAAGCAGAGGCUGGCAAUAUAGAUAAUGCCAUGGAAAUCAGAAAACAAUGGCAAGCUGGAGCCCCACAGACUCUCCUGGAUUUUCUAGCUGAGGCAGAUGUCACAUCUGUCUGCCCUACAAUGGCUGAAAGUGAACUUGCUGGCCAGGUGGUUGUCGUGCCUGAAAAAAACCCAGAAAACAGGAAACAGUGGAAACAAGAAGCACCUGGGACACUGCUGAGUAUCUUAGCGAAAGCAGAACUGUCUAAUGACUCCUUCACCUGGACCGAAGAGGAAUCUGAGGGGACAUUAUCACCCUGGCCGCCAAAAGAGAAUAAGGAAGAUAAUGCAGAAACAGGCUCCACUAUCGAUACCGAUGAAAACAGACUUGAGCCAAGAUCUGAUGAUGAUGACACGAACUUUGAAGAAUCUGAAGAUGAAUUGAGGGAUGAGCUGGUGGAAUCACUAGAAAAAGUGGUAACUUCUCUGGCAGAGGAAGACAGAGAGGUGCCAAUCCAGUCAGCAAACAAAGACAAAUCAGAAGAGGAGAAAGAAAGCUUAGCUAGUAAAAUACCUGGGAAACCUGAUGAGGUUUUAGACAAUAACACUGAUCCACUUACUGCUGACAUAUGUAAUGGAGAAGGCAGGCAGGAAGCAGCAAUCAGCUAAAAUAGGAGGUUGACUGCUGCUUCAAGACUUUCCUAAGUUGCUGGAAGAUAGAGCCAUAGCAGGGCCAAUAUUUUAAAAACAGGUGUCUAAAGUUAGGUUCCUCAAUCCAUGUUUAGGCACCUGAAGAAGUGCUGAGCACUCAUUUGAAACAAGUGGGAGCUGCUUGGCAUGCUGCACUUUCAACAUUCAGGCUACUUAUUCAAGUGGCUAAAGUUAAUCCCUUUUUAAAAAAUCUCUGGCCAAAAGGAAAAGCAAACUCAGCUCCUGUUUAUAUCUUUACUUAUCUACACUGCCUCUCUCUCCAUCCACUCUUUAGUACAUUCCUGACUCUGUGCUUUUCUCUGUUCCAUAUGUCAGAAGUGCACUCUUCCAGUUAUACACCUACUCCCCUACCUCUCUUCCCCCAAAUCCAUCUGUUUGGUGAAGCUUUCCAGUCAUCAUACGUUGUCCUGUACAGCUUGUAGCUCCUUCUAGUAAGCCAUUAAGAGACAGGAACCCAUAGUUUGACUUGCACAGCUCUUAUUUUGUAUCGCACCAUGUACACUUAGACUCUUUUAUAAUUAGUAAUAAUAGCAGCAAAGUUUACUAGUACCACUAGGAUGUUAUGUAUCUGAAUUUCUAAUUUAGAAGUGCCAUUAUGCAAAAAAGAGACAGCUGGAAGAGGAUAAAACAUGGUAAAGUUAUCCCAGCUGUCAUUUUCUCCCCCGUCCUCUCAAAUUUUAGAUGUAAGCUGUCUGGAUAUUAUUUAAAUGGAAGGAACACAAUAAUAAAACUUUGAUUUCAGUAGUUCUUGCCCUUCUCUUACUAGCUUUUUGAUUUUGCUAAAAUAUAAAAAAAGCCUAUAGUAGACCAUAGCAAACCAACCAUUUUUGUUAAAAGCGGAAGUCUAUUGCUGUAGUGUUUUAACCAUUAGACUACAAUGUUUCAACAUUACACGAAGCAGUAGUUUAAAGUCCAAAUUUGUGACCCACUGGAAUAGGCUCUGUCUGAUCAAGUUUUCAGUUUUCUUUAAAAUAGAAAAAAAAAAGGAGGGCAGGAGAAAACAAGUUAUCCUUAUAAGAGGAAGAAGAUAUGGUUAAUACAAGGGACAGCUGCAAAUAGUUAAACCUCUGCUCCUGCUUUUUUUUAAAAGCACUGUAGGAUUAAACCUUAGUGAACACUACAGCUAAGGCUGCAAAAUAGUUUGUUUAUUCCGAUUUGAGACAGAUGUCUGAAAAAUU